AAAAAUAUUUUGAAAUACGUUUCCGUUCAUGAAUUUUUUUUUAAAUUGUUACAAUGUCCUUAAUUAUACGCCGUUUUCUAAAUAAAACUAUCCUGCAACAAAGAUUUAUAACGCAGACUCCAAAGCUACAGCAAGAAAUGCCCGAUCCUUUACAAUUGUGUACGGGUUUGCAGAGAAAGGAAAUCGAAGCCUAUAUGGAGGGUAAUUGUGAUCCUUAUCAUAUGAAAGUUUUAAAGCGAGGCUGUGGUACUAAAGAAAAUCCCACGCUGAUACCGUCGGCCUUUAAUGGACGCAUAGUGGGAUGUAUAUGUAAGGAUAAUCGUUUUGUGAAUUAUAUGUGGUUGGAAAGAGAUUGUCCGAAACGUUGUGAAUGUGGUCAUUGGUAUAGAUUGCAGGAAGUUGAACGAUUUUCUUGAUUGUUUUGUUUUAAAGGAUAGUAUUUUUUUAAUCAUGUUUUUGUAUUAAAUUCAAUAUUUCUAAUAAAAAAUUACAACUUUGAUUUAAAA